AUGGCCGAGGGGCAGGUCCUGGUACUCGAUGGCCAAGGCCAUCUCCUCGGCCACCUGGCUGCCAUCGUGGCCAAACAGGGCAAUUUCUACAGAAACAAGUGCAUGCUGCCCCACAAGACAAAGCAAGGCCAGUCUGCCUUGGACUGCCUCAAGGUGUUUGAUGGGAUCCCACCACUCUAUGACGAGAAAAAGCGAAUGGUGGUUCAUGCUGCCCUCAAGGUUGAGUGGCUGAAGCCUACAAGAAAGUUCGCCUACCUGGGAUGCCUGGCUCAUGAGGUUGGCUGGAAGUACCAGGCAGUGACAGCUACCCUGGAGGAGAAGAGGAAGGAAAAGGCCAAGAUCCAUUACCAAAAGAAAAAACAGCUCAUGAGGCUAAGGAAACAGGCCAAAAAGAACGUGGAGAAGAAAACUGACAAAUACACAGAGGUCCUCAGGACCCAGCGACUCCUGGUGUGA